UUAUAUUUAAACAAAAAAAAGAGAAGAAAAAUUUAUUUUGCAAGCUGCAUAUCUGUGUUGUUGUGGUAGUUAAAAAGUUUUAGAUUUACAUCAUGAAAGACGUUGUAAGAUUGUCCUGGGUUGGAAAUGAAAUUGAUGACAAAAAGGCUAGCGAAGCAAUCGACGCUCCACAAUACAAAACCAAAAAAUUUGAACAAGUAAAAGCACCGGAUUUUAUUGACAGGAUUCUCUCUGCAACAGCUGGAAAUGAUUAUGAUGAAGAUAAUGCAGUAGCAAAUUCUGAAAGUCAAAAUGGUAGAGAUAACAAAGUACAAGAAAGAACAUGUGGAGAAGCCAAAAGAGAAUAUGAGGAAGAUCAUGGCAAAACUGAUGAAGAGAGAGCAGUUCAAAGCUUAGUAAAUGCGAUGAAAGAAUCGAUAGAUUUGAAGAAGUUUACGUGGACUACUGAAAGAGAUUAUGGACAUUUCGAGUUAGUCCACUACGAUGAACCAACUCCACCAGAUCGCAUUGCUGCCAUAUUGGAGUCCAUAAUGGAGGAAAACAGACUUGAGAAAGAAUUCCUUAACAUUACUAAUAACAUCACGUCCAGCAGUUCAACUGCAACUCUUCGAUCACAAACUCCUUUACAGAGAUGCAAAAGCAAGAAAUUAAAAGAGAAUGGUACGCUCGUAACUCUCAAAGUACCCAUCAAACUCUCUCAGGAGGAGCACGUUCAUAGUCCUGUAUUGGAUGGAAACUGGGUACCACCAAUAGAGAGUGAAUCACAACCAACACCUUUAAGUAGCAGACCACCGAGUUCUCUGACAAAACAAAAGAAAGUGAAGAAGAAGAAAAAGAAAAGUAAAGUCUUACAGUGUUCUUCGACAGAAUAUGAUUGCGUGGCGGUAAAAAGAACAGUUGAGUCAACCAUCAUGGAAUACUUCACCGGCAAAAGUUACGACUCCGACGAAUCAAAACAUAUGUGCGGAUUAAUCGCCGAUCUUAUAAAAACGAAAGUAAAACAUUUAUAUCCACCUCGCUACAAGUUGAUCUGUAUAGUAUCCAUAAUGAAGACAAAACAACAGUCAAUAAGAAUAGCAAGCAGAGGAUUAUGGGAUACCAGUAGAGACAAAGUUAUUGAUUAUUGCUAUAGCAACGGCGAAAUGGACGUGUUAUGUAUGGUAUACGCAAUUUACAAGGAAUGAUAAAUUCACACUGAAUAAACCAGUUUCGUUACCAGGUCUCAAAUUUGUGGACUGAACCAAAAACAGAUGUGUACAAAUAUUGAACAUAAAACUUAAGGUUUUAAAAGUGAUAUAAAAGUUAUCAUUUAAUAUAUAUAUUUAUAUAUAAAUUAUAUUUUUCCAAGUGUCACAAAAUGUUGACAAUAGAGAAGUUACUUCAUUUGCAAGGUCAACCUAAUUACUUUGCUUUGGAACAAUUUCGAUUCUCUGCUUGAUAAUAAUUUUCACAGACAUCGUAUUUAUCUUUAUAUUAAUGACAGUUGUAUUUUGUCCCAUCUGCUAGAAAACGUCGUGUUAUGGAAACACGAAAUGCGAUAUAUAAAGGACGAGUAACAGUUACGCAGCGUUAUGCUGUGCAUUUUUCUACGGGUGACCGACUGGUCUAAUAGCUGUAUUUUGUUUGUUUGUCGGCGCGAAGUCCAUAAUGAUAAAAAAAAGUCCGGAAACCGGGGGAGGCAGUCAUUUUUUGGAAAUGUACACUCCCGUCUGCCUUAAAAACAAAAUGGCGUCUUGCGCUAGUAUUCCUAAAAAAAUGCCAAAGUUUUGCCCUGCAGUAAAUAUUUCCUUUCGAGUAUUGACGUGGUGUUGAUGUUGGUUCAUGUUAACCUCGUUCCCAGGGCUCUUUGUCUCUCCAUGGCGCUGCGCUUAUUGAUAGGUCUCGUCGUCCGAUAUGCAAAAGACACAACAGGUCCUUGGAUCAAGGUUGGGUUCAUGUUGAUGGGGUUCUCUUUUUUGUACCGAAUUUUUUAGUCUCUGUUCUUUGUAGUUUAGGCAUGCAUUCUCAAUUUAAAGUAGUUAUUUAAUCACGUUUUUUCACAACAAUUUUAGGAUUUUGGCUACAACGUAGGACAUGUUGAGGGAGUACCCUAGCUAGAUAUAUUUACACUGUUAUGUUGAAGUUUUUAUUCCGUUUUGUAAAAGUGAUUUUUAUCCCAGCCAUUUUCAUUGUUUCAGUUUUAA